GCGUUGGCUCUUCUACGAGAUGAGGUCCAGGAGGUGGCAUACAAUUCUGCCAUCACCGCUUGCGACAACGGGGGUGAGUGGGAGCGUGCGCUGUUGCUCUUGCAGGAGCUGGAGCGCCGUGGCUUGUGCAGCACCACCACUUUCAAUGCCGCCCUGUCUGCUUGUGCCAGUGCCUCCGCGUGGGAGGCUGCGGCCGUCCUCUUCGCCAAAGCAGUGCGCGGCCAUGCUGCGGAUGCCUUGACGUGCAACGCCUACCUGAAGGGGCUAGCAGCGAGCAGGCAGUGGGCCUUCGCUCUACACUUGCAUGAGCAGAUGCGUGAACGGAAGAUCCAGCCUACACCAAUCACAGCGCAGACGACAGCGGCAUUGCUUGAAGACUGCCUGCAACGGCGGCGUCCUCCCGAUGCUCUUCCGGCCCCGACGGGCGAAGCUUGGCGCCUUCUGGUG